AUGGCUUCAUAUUACUACAGUAUCAAGGACAUCAGCAUCGGAGGACGGUGUGUGUGCAAUGGACAUGCAGAGGCCUGCAACAACAAGGACCCCAACGAUCCCUACAAACUGCAGUGUGACUGCCAGCACAACACUUGUGGAUUGUCAUGUGAUCAGUGUUGCCCAGGGUUCCACCAGGUACCAUGGAAACCGGCAACAACGUACAGUGCCAACGAUUGUGAACAGUGCAACUGUCACAGACAUUCGUUUGACUGUUACUACGACCCCGAGGUGGACCACAGGAGGGCCAGCCUCAACACCCAGGGGGGGUACCGAGGAGGCGGAGUCUGUCUCAACUGCCAGCAUCACACCACAGGGAUCAACUGCGAGCGCUGUAUCCCCACCCACUACAGGUCACCUGACCAUCCCCUGGACUCCCCAUUGGCCUGCUCCCCUUGUGUGUGCCAGUCAGAGUUUACUGAUGGUACAUGUGAGGACUUGACAGGCAGGUGCUACUGUAAACCCAACUACACUGGAGAGAACUGUGACUCCUGUGCUGAGGGCUACAUCAACUUCCCUGAAUGCUACCCCGUUCCCACCUACCCCAACAACAACAACAAUGGAGAAGCUAAACCAGCAGGAGAGAUCAUCAACUGUGAGUGCAGUGCGGCUGGGACAGAGGAUAACUCCUGCCGUCCGGACCCCAGGACCCGUACCUGCAUCUGCAAGCCUGGCUUCACGGGGGACCACUGUCUCAGCUGUGCCCCUGGGCACCACGGCUCCAACUGUCAGGCCUGCCAGUGCUCUGGCCCAGGAUGCCUGGACGGGUCAUGUGACACGUUCACGGGGCAGUGCCUGUGUCGCAGUGGGUUCCAGGGCUAUGCAUGUGACCAGUGUGCUCCUGGGUACUUCAACUACCCCCUCUGCCAACUGUGUGGCUGCAGCAGCGUGGGCUCUCUCCCAGGGGGCUGUGAUUCCUCUGGUCGCUGUCUGUGCCGUCCUGAGUUCCACGGACCUCGCUGUGAGCAGUGCAAGUCUGGCUUCCACUCCUACCCUCACUGCCAAGAGUGCACCUGUGACCCUCGGACCUCGUUGGAUUCCAGCUGCAGUGUUUCUGGUCACUGCCACUGCCGACCUAACUACAGCGGCGUCGCCUGCGACCAGUGUGCCCCCGGUUUCUAUGGUUACCCCAGCUGCACACCCUGCCAGUGUUCGUCGGAGGGUUCUCGCUACAGCAGCUGUGACCAGGUGAGCGGUCAGUGUUCCUGUCUGCCUGGUGUGGUGGGACAGAGGUGCGAGAGCUGCACCCCCGGCUCCUACAGCUUCCCCCGCUGCCAAGCUGGUACCUGCCAUCCUGUAGGCUCCGUCCACAACAACAUCCAGCCCACCAUCGGUUCCUGUGAGUGUCGUCCCUAUGUGGAGGGCGGGGCCUGUGACAGGUGUCAGCCUCUCUACUGGAACCUGUCUCCGGAUACUCCAGAUGGCUGCUCCAGCUGUGAGUGUCACCUGCCAGGAACCAUCAGUGGAGUGGCAGAGUGUGCUCAGGGUAACGGCCAGUGCCACUGUAAACCCAACGCCUGUAGUGGCACCUGCUCUGUGUGUAAAGAUGGAUACUACAACCUGCAGAACAACAACUACUUCGGUUGUCAAGGUUGCCAGUGUGACAUAGGUGGGUCUGCCGGCCAGUCGUGUGGUGAGAGGAAUGGCAGGUGUCGCUGCAGACCCAAUGUGGACGGGCCCAAGUGUACCCAGCCCCGCCCUGAUCACUACUUCCCAGACCUGCACCACCUGAAGUUUGAGGUGGAGGACGGCACCAUGCUGGACGGACGGCCCGUGCGUUUCGGCUACGACCCCCAGGAGUUCCAGGGCUUCAGCUGGCGCGGCUACGCCCAGAUGACCCCCAUCCAGUCCAAGGUGGCGGUGCUGGUGUCAGUCAGCUCUCCCGACCUCUUCCAUGUGGUGUUGCGCUUCGUGAACCGUGAGGGGGUGGAUGUGAGGGGGCGUCUCUCUGUCCUGGAGGACCACAAGGACUUCCUCUGUGGUUCAGAACAGUCCAAGCAGAUUGUGUUUGCACCCAGCUCAGAACCCACCUUCGUCAACGUUCCCCAGAACAACUUUGUGGAACCAUUUGUUCUCAACCCUGGAACCUGGACCAUUGUUAUAGAAGCUGAGGGUAUUCUGCUGGACUACCUGGUGCUGUUGCCUAGCGCCUACUAUGAGGCUCCUAUCCUGCAGAUGAGGGUGACGGAGGCCUGCUCCUACAGCCCUGCAGCAGACGCCAGCACCAACUGCCUGCUGUACAGGUACCUGUCCCUGGAGGCCAUGCCCUCCAUCUCUGCCCGCGACGCCAGCUGCCGCUUCGACAACCACCUGCCCCGGCCCUGCCAGAGCGAGAAGAUCACGCCACGCCACCCCGACAUGGCCGUGUGCAGCGGCCACGAUAUCAGCGUGCAUCUGCGCAGCCGCCUGCCCCGCUCCGGGGACUACGUCCUGGUGGUGGAGUACGCCAGCGAAGACCUCAGCCCCCAGACCCUCACUGUGUCCCUCAACACGCCCGGGGGACGCACACACACAUACCUGCUCACUCUGACGCACUGCAAGUACAGUUUCCUGUGCAGAGCGGUAACCGUUGACGGCCAGAGUCGUGUGGCGGUGUUCUCUCUGUCGACGGAAGCUGAGGUCCAGCUGAUGUCAGACCGCGCCAGCUUCUUCCUGCACAAAGUGUACCUGGUGCCACAUGAGCAGUUUACUAUGGAGUACCUGGAGCCUAAGGUCCACUGUAUGAGCACCCACGGGCUCUUCUCUGCAGACAGCUCCUCCUGUGUAUUGUCCAGGUUCCAGACCCCCUCAGACUCUCUGGUCCUGAAGGAGGGGCAGGCCUCCUCGGUGCAGGAGCCCGUCCUGGCCGACCUGCCCCUGGGCCCGGCCGACACCCCUCACUGGGGCGGGGACCGCCCCCCCAACGCCGCUGACAAUGCCGAGCACAUCCACCUGGACUCCUCCCAGAAUGCGGCAGUGUACUCCACACAUGUAAACACUCUGGGGCGCUAUGUGUUCAUCCUGCACUACCACCAGCCCCUGCACCCCACCUACCCCCUGCAGGUCUUCAUCAACGGGGGACGCAUCUGGCACGGCCAUGUCAACGCCUCCUUCUGUCCCCACGGUUACGGUUGCCGUGGCGUCCUGAUCUCGGAGAACCAGAUCAUCCUGGAUGUGACGGAUCAUGAGCUGUUCAUCACCGUGCAGAUCCCUGACGGCAAGACCCUCUGGCUGGACUAUGUGUUGGUGGUUCCAGAGAGCAGUUACAGCUCCAGCUAUCUGUCUGAGGAGCCUCUGGACAAGUCUUAUGACUUCAUCAGCAACUGUGGCCAGAACAGCUUCUACAUAAAUCCAGCCACAGCCUCUCCGUUCUGCCGUAGCUCGGCCGUGUCUCUCUCCGCCUUCUUCAACAACGGCGCUCUCCCGUGUGGCUGUCACGAGGUGGGCUCCGACAGCGACACCUGCCAGGCCUUCGGAGGACAGUGCAGCUGCAGGCCCCACGUGAUUGGCCGAGACUGCUCCCAGUGCGCCACGGGAUACUGGGGCUUCCCCAACUGUCGACUGUGUGCGUGCGGCAGCAGGCUGUGUGAGUCGGUGACAGGUGACUGCAUCUGUCCCCCGAGGACGGUGAGACCAGAGUGUACCCAGUGUGAGCCGCAGACGUUCGGCUGCCACCCGCUGGUGGGCUGCGAGGUGUGCAACUGCUCCCGGCCCGGGGUCACCUCCCCCGACGUCAGCUGCGACACGGCCAGCGGACAGUGCAGAUGUAAGAACAACGUCAUUGGCCGACAGUGUGACCGCUGUGCCCCUGGUUUCUACGGUUACCCCAACUGCAGACCAUGUGACUGCAACGAGGCAGGCACUGAGGAGGAUGUGUGUGACUCCUUCAGCGGACAGUGCCUCUGCAAGGAGAACGUCCAGGGCCAGAGGUGUGACCAGUGCAAGGUGGGCACCUUCCACCUGGACCCCACCAACCCUAAAGGCUGCACCAGCUGUUUCUGUUUCGGAGCCACCGACCGCUGCCGCAGCUCUGAAAAGAGACGCACCGAGGUGAUGGACAUGACUGGUUGGGUCCUCCUGGGAGUGGACAGACAGGAAGUCCCGGUCAAGGUGUAUCCUGAUCAGGAUCUGGUGGAAGCGGACCUCAAGGACGUACCUGACGUCUACCAGGAAAUGCACUGGCAUGCUCCUCGCACCUACCUGGGAGACAAGGUGUCUUCCUACGGGGCUUACCUGAGGUACCGUCUGAACACCCAGACCAUGAGAGGAGACUCACUGUCUCUCCCUGCAGAGACCUCACGUCCUGACAUCAUACUCAAGGGGAGUCAGAUGACACUGGUGUUUAUGGAGCGUGAGUACACCUCACCAGAGGAGCCACACCUGGGCAUCGUGCACAUGGUCGAGGGUAGCUUCCGCCAUGCCCAGACAGGUAACUCCGUGUCCAGGGAGGAGCUGAUGAUGGUGCUGGUGGCUCUGGAGUCUCUCCAGGUGCGGGUGCUCCACUCCCAGUCCUCCCACUCCGUGUCGCUCCGCGCCGCUGUCCUGGAGGCCGCGCGGGACCUGCCGUCCGGGCGCCAUGCCAACAACGUGGAGAUCUGCCUUUGCCCUGCCAACUACCUGGGAGACUCCUGCCAGCAAUGUGCCCCCGGCUUCUACAGGGACACCAAGGGGCUGUUCCUGGGGAAGUGUGUCCCCUGUAACUGUCACGGUCACUCUGACCAGUGUCUGGACGGCUCUGGGGUCUGUGUGAACUGUCAGCACAACACCGCCGGGCAUCACUGUGAGAAGUGUCAGGGCGGUUUCCACGGCAACAACCAUUUGGACGGUGACGCUUUGUCCUGUGACAGCUGUCCCUGCCCUCUGCAGGUGGCGUCCAACAAUUUUGCGGUGGGCUGUGUGGAGAAGCCCAACAGUAUGCAGUGUCUGUGUAUGCCUGGCUAUGCAGGUUCCCACUGUGAGAGGUGCGCUCCCGGUUUCUACGGCAACCCCAUGGUGAUCGGCAGCACCUGCCAGCCCUGCCGUUGUCACGACAACACGGACCCCAACAUGCUGUUCAGCAACUGCCACCCGCUGACGGGCGAGUGCCAGGGCUGCAUGCACAACGCUGCCGGGAGCCACUGCGAGAUCUGCGCCCCCGGUUACUACGGCGACGCCGUCACCGCUAAGAACUGCACCAGAUGCAACUGCUCGCCGUGUGGCACGGCGUCAUGUGACCCUGGUACGGGGAAGUGCCGGUGUAAGCCUGGCGUGACCGGGGCCCUGUGUGAUCAGUGUGUGGAUGGGAUGUUUGGCUUCGACUCGUGCUCCGGGUGUCGUGCGUGCGAGUGUGAGGCGGCCGCGGCCCUGGUCCAGUCAUGUGACCCCAGCAGCGGUCAGUGCACCUGCCGCCCCGGGGUCAACGGCCCCCAGUGCCGCCAGUGUGCUCCGGGGUACUGGGACUACAGCCCUGACGGCUGCAGGAAGUGUGAGUGCAAAGCGGGCAGGUGUGACCCCAGGACAGGUGAGUGUCGCUGUGCCGACGGGCUGACAGGGAGGCAGUGUGACACGUGUGCCCACCGCUACAGCAUGCCCGUCCAGCACGGAGCCCAACUCACCUGCCAACCGUGUGACAGCUGUGUGGUGGUGCUGUUGGAGGACCUGGACAGCAUGAACGAGAACUUCCGCUCCGUGGCCAAUCAGCUGACCAGCCUGAACGCCAGCUCCAUCGCCUGGGCACAGCUUCACAACCUCAACCGCUCCAUGGAGGACAUCGCUAAUUCCAUAGGAAACUACAACGCUACUCUGGAUGUGAGCAGGGACAAAGCUGACCAGAUGGAGAGCGAGGUGGCAAGCCUCAGUGAUGACAUCAAUGAGCUGCAAAUGAAGGCGGAGGUGACCACGGCCAAGGCGGUGGCUCUUGACAACAGUACCACCAGCAGCCACCAGAGGGCGCUGGACCUGCUCGCCUACAUCAACAACACGAUGGCAAGCAUAGAGGACGUGACGAUGCAGGCCAACCGGACGGGGGUGAACGAGACCCUGGAGGAGCAGGGUCUGGAGGAGAGGGAGGACAAGCUGAGGCAGGUUGAGGCCAUGCUCCGGGAGAUGAGGUUCAGGAGCUGCGUCCAGCAGAAGAACACCGCCGAGAGGGAGAAGGUGGAGGCGGACAAACUCAUGGACAGAGUGAAGAAGGAGCUGGUUGGUCGUCAGACAGAUAACAGUGCCCUGGCCCAGCAGAUCCGAGACAGGCUGUCUAAGUUCCACGCUGAGCUGAUGGACCUGAGAGACGCCCUGAACGAGGCGGUCAACAACACGGCCCGCGCCGCUGAGAGCAACAACAUCAACGAGAAGAGGCUGGAGGAGAGCCAGCGAAAGGUGGAGGACCUGAAGGAGAAGAUGAAGGAGGUGGAGGACCUGCUUCAGAUGGCGGAGGACGACGUAGCCCAGGUCAACGACAUGCUCACCAUGCUGCACGACUCCAAGGAGGAGUACGAGCGCCUGGCUGCCCAGCUGGACGGGGCGCGGAGCCCCCUGGCUGAGAAGGUGCAGAGCUUCGCCCCCUCCGUCUCCAAGAUCCCCCUGGUGGAGGCAGCGGAGAAACACGCCCAGCUGCUCAACACGCUGGCCAUGAACCUGUCCAGUGUGAUCUCGGCCACAGGGCAGAAUGGUCUGAUCCAGAGGGCGGUGAAUGCCUCCAAAGCCUACAACAGCAUCAUAGACACCAUCAGAGAGGCCGAGACGUCUGCUAACCUGGCCAACCAGGCUGCCAUGGACGCCCUGAAGAGUCUGCAGGACCAGGAUCUGGACCAGGUGGCUGACGGUCUGAAGAACCACAGUCUGGAGCUGUUAGACGAGGCUCUCGCACUGCAGGAGGAGCUGACCUCAGAUCUGACUCCCCGUCUGGACAAUGCCACGGUCCGUCUGGACGAGGCCAUGGUCAAGCAUGAGGACCUGCUGAAAGAGCUGGAGCAGGCCCAGAGCAACCUCAACUUCAGCAGGGAGGAGACAGGGCAAGACAUCGAGGACGCCAAGCGUGCAGCAGAGGUCGCCAAUGCCACGGCGACCAGCGUGGAGGAGACGCUGGGGCCAAUCAGAGAGAAGCUGGAGCAGUGGCAGCAGGAAUACGGAGACGCCAACACCACCAACGAGGACAUCAACAAGGCCCUGCUGGAGGCCAACAAGUCUAUGGGGAUGCUGGGAGAGACCAUCCCUCUGCUGGUGAAGAAGCUGGACCGCCUGCAGAACCAGUCGGUCCAGAUGCCCAACAUCUCCGACAACAUCCUGAGGAUCCGCCAGCUCAUCGCCCAGGCCCGCAACGCCGCCAGCAAGGUGGGUGUCUCAGUCAAGUUCAACGGGACGUCCGCUGUGCAAGUGCGGAACCCCAGUAACCUUGCCGACCUGGCUGCGUACACCUCCCUGAAGUUCCACAUCACACUCCCAGAGGCCACCCGCCUCCGUCGCCAGGACAACACUCAACAAGUCGAACGCCAGUUUGUCUUCUACCUCGGCAACAAGAACUCCAGCAAAGAGUUCCUAGGUAUGGCUCUGGAGGGGCGGAGACUGCGCUGGUAUUUCAACGUGGGCGGAGAGACGACGGACGUUUUGAUGCGGGAGGAUGUCAAAUCAGACGGCCACUUCAACAGUGUCUUCCUGGAACGGAUCCUGCAGUACGGUGAGAUGGCCAUGUCGUCUGAGAGCGGUGAACUGAGAGUGACCAAGGUAGAUGGGAAGGCACAGGGGGAUAAAGGCCUGCUCAACCUGCAGACGGAGGAGACCAUCUUCUACGUAGGAGGCUACCCCAGCUCCUUCACGCCCCCUCCCCAGCUGCAGCACCCCUACUUCCAGGGCUGCAUCGAGCUGGAGUCUCUGAACGAGGAGGUCCUCAGCCUGUACAACUUUGAGAACAUCUUCCAGCUCAACACCACAGAGGUGAAGCCGUGUGGCAGGAGCCAGGGAAAUCUGGCUCUGUCCUGGGUGAAGGACGCGUCCUACUUUGACGGUACGGGCUACGUUGAGGUCACCUACCCCACCGACCCUGCCAGGCCCACGAAAUCCUUCGAAAUGGAAGUCAAACUCCUGUCCCACAACGGCAUCCUGAUGAUGUUGCACAACAACGACCAGUACCUGUGUCUGGCUGUGCAGCAAGGCUACGCCAAGGUCUUCUACGACUUCAACAAGACCCUGCAGCAGCUGGAGCCAUUCGAUCCUCAGUCCUCCCUCCUCAAGAUCAGCAACGCAGAGUCUCAGUCUUUGCAGAUCAUCCUCCUCGUGGGCUCGACGAAACGCCUGGUGGUGAGGAACAGUCGCAUGAAACUGUAUGACCACAUCUUCACCGAGGACUUGCCAGACUUUGCUGUCAACUACUACCUCGGAGGGGUGCCCAAGGACAAGAUGCCCGAGAAUCUGAAGGGCCUGUUCCCCAAGCAGGGCUCUCUAAAGGGCUGCUUCAGGAGAGUGAAGGCAGUGGACAACUACAUCAGCCUGAACAGGAUGGUCAGCUCUGGGGUCAGCCAUGGAUGUCCUGACGACCUGCUGGUGACUCGUGAGGCCCACUUCUCAGGGCAGAGUUACCUGGACCUGGGGCCGUCCAUCACCACCCUCAGGGACGACUUCUAUGCCGGCUUCGGCUUCCGCACCGACCAGAAGAACGGACUCAUGUUCUACCACCAGGCCCAGGAUGGGCUGUGCCAGGUGUUCAUGGACAAGGGGCAGGUGGUGGUACGCAUGGCCAACACGCAGAUCAAGAGUCAGAAGACCUACAACGACGACAACAGCCACUAUGUAGCUGUGUACAACGACAACACUGGGACGCGUGUGUACGUGGACGACGUCCAGGAGAAGGGCGAGGAGACGUCAGUGGGCGGCGCGGGGCGAGCCACGCCAGUGGCUGGCAACGUGUACCUGGGCGGGAGCCCGGAGAACAGGGGCGUGGCCAACCUGACGGGCUGCAUCAGCAACCUGUUCAUCAAGGGCGAUAAGAAGCAGGUGAUGAACCUGAUCAAAGCCAAGGAGAACAUCAACGUUCCUCUGAGGUGUCCUGCUGCUCAGAAACCCCAGCAGAUCCUUGCCACCCCCCCACGCCAGAAGGGCCCCAAGGGUAAACACAGGAAGCCUCAGGCGGGGAGCAGCAGGAGCCGCAGUACCAGACAGUCCUGCCAGGGGGAGCUGUCUGCCCAGGAGCCCGGCGCUGCUCACUUCAGCGGCUCCUCUCACAGCUACCAGCGCUACGACACCCUCCCCGCGGCCUUCAGCAAGACGCCCCACAUCUCCAUGGCGAUCCGUGUCAACUCGUCCGAAGGCCUGGUGUUCCACGUGUCCGGCCAGAAGAGCGGCGCCGUGAUGUCCCUGGCGCUCUCCGAGGGUCACCUGGUCCUGCUGGUGGAAGGGGGCAAGAAGAAGGUCAACAUCCGCAGCCGUAAGGCCUGCAACGACGGGCUCUGGCACACGGUGUUUGUGAAGUGGGAGGGGGAGAAAGCCAGUCUGAUCCUGGACGGCAUCAACGCCCAGUUUAAGAGGGUGUCCGGGGGGCAGAAGAGUCGCCUCAGAGCGCCGCUCUACGUGGGCGGCGCUCCCUCCAGCCUCGCCACGUCGCUCCAGGGGCCCUCCAGCGGCUUCUUGGGCUGCGUCAGAGACCUGACCCUGAACGAGCAGGCCGCUGGGAGCCCCCAGCACAGCCAGGGGGUGGGCCCCUGCUUCCUGAACAGCCUGGAGCCCGGCGCCUACUACCCUGGCCGGGGAGGACACCUGGCUAUAGACGAGUCUCUGGUUCUGUCUCUGGACCUGGAGGUGCAGCUGGAGGUGCGGCCGGCGUCUGUGUCCGGGCUGCUGCUGCACGCCGGGGGGAGGACAGAGCAGCACCUCAGCCUCUUCCUCCACCAGGGGGAGGUGACCGCCAGCCUCAACGCCGGGAACGGACUCUUCUCCACCUCCUUCACCCCCGAGGAGCCCCUGUGUGACGGGCGAUGGCACACCAUCACAGUUGUGAAGAAGAGGAACGUGUUGCAGCUCCACGUGGACGCGGCCAGCGAGCACAGCGUGGGGCCCAAGCAGGGGCGCUCCUCAGGGGGCACGGAGACGGUCUACCUGGGGGGGGUACCCGAUGGCGUAGUGGUGCCUGGCCUCCCAGCGUCGCUGCCCUCCUACCACGGCUGUGUCCGCAGGGCGGUUCUCAACCACCGACCAGUCAUGCUCUCCAAGCCUCUGUCUGUCCACGGAGCUGUAGCAACGCAGGGCUGCCCCGCCAUCUAAAUCCAACACACCCAAAACCCCUACAUGCCCCAACCUGACCCAUAUACCCUGACCCUAUCCUAUACCCUGACCCCAUCCUAUACCCAAACUACACCUCUAAAUGCCUACAUCCCAAUCCUUGAUCCCAUCUAUACUCCUGUUUACCCCAAUCAUGUCUCUCCAUACAUAACACACAACCUCAGAACCCACUAGCCUCAUUCUGCAGAUCAUCAACUCCCCUUUACGACUAACGCUAUCUCUGCAACCCCUCUCUACUGUCUCACGUGUAGAGUACACACGUGAAAAGCCCAACUAUAACUACCCCAACUACGAAUUGUUGCCCCCCCCCCCUAGUCCAGCUGAUCUUGUGUAGGACCAGACAUGCAUGAUGAUGCAGCCUGAAGCCCACACCUCAUCUCCCUGGCACACACCCUGCCCUCUCUCACUGAUAGAAGUAUGAAAUACACUCCAUAACAUAUAUGACAACAUUGCUGGUGGUAGGUGACAGCAUACUGUAGUUAAAUUUAAAUUGUAUUUAUUUUCUAUUUUUACAAGAGGUAUAUUUUUUAUUUUGCUGUCUGAUUUCCAUUAAUGUUAUAGAGUAGCAGACCUAGAAUCAAGGAGUUUUGUCUUCUACCUUUACACAGGCUUUGCCGUAUAUCUUUUGAUGCAGACACAGGUUCUGUGUAAGACCUAAGCAUACCACCAGACACAGCACAAUCCGGUUUAGCAAGGUGACACUUAGUAUGCCACUGAAAUCUAAAUUAGGUUCAGUGUGACACAAGCAGACAUUCUGUGCUGGGUACCUAUGCAAUAAGAACUCAAGGAAAAGUACAUGCCUCCACAACACCCAUUGUGUUCCAGCCCCGGUUCUGAACAGGAAGGUGUGUUGAGGAGGAAAGGCCCCACUGUCAGCCUUCUGUUCAGUCCCAGAGUAGAUAUCCAGAUUUAGGGUCUACCUCCAGCACGUCAAAUGUCCUGGAAAAACCUCUCAUUUUUAUAGAAUCGCACAUUUUAUGUAUUUAGUUUCAUGGGAAUUGUAUACUUAUAGAAAUUUGAAUGGGUUUUAAACUCAACACACACUGUCCACCUUUAUAUCUCACACAGAAAUGAUAAGCUGAACCCGCCCCCCCCCCUCUAAUAGUUGUAAAAUGUAUUUUUAAAUAAACCUUUGAUACAAA